AUGAAUGAAUGCUCUUAUGCAAUUAGGCCUCAAACCGAUUGUUCUGUUGUUGCUUUUUCCGAUAGCAACAGCCUCUCUCCACAUGGUCCCGGAGGAGCAUCCAUUGGACCUCCACCGCCUAGUCCGGGAGGCUCCCGGCGGGCUCCUUUGCCCCCCAGCCUAGGUCCCAUUAAGCCUACUAACAUCCAAAGCAGCAGUGGUCCAAUCCCCAGCCGUCCAGCUCCGUCCAUUCCUGGUCGUUUUCCUCCAGCACCUCUUCAGCUACCACAGACUGCGCCUCCAUCAAUGGCUUCACCUUUGAUACCGCAGUACGUUAUUAUUCAUCUCGAUAGAUUAAAGAACCUAUUAUUCUUCAGUCGCUAUUAUUUUUAUUUUUCUCUGUUUUACUUUUUUUCGACUUCUUGA